AUGGGCAAACGGAAUCGCUCUCCGAAUCCUGUUUUGACAACUAGUCCCAAAUCGAGCCGCACGUCGUCGAGCUCGUCUUCCUCGUCUUCACCAAUUGCACACAGAUCAGCAUCUGUUAAAAGCUUUCAUGACUCUUCGGCAUCUCAUAAGCAUUCAACUCAAUUUGAAUCGCAGCCUAGCCACUCACGGCACAAACACAGACACAAAUACCGUCGCGAGGUUAGAGAGAGCGCCCCUCCGCCGGAACCACUUCGCCCCCAAAUAUCAGAGCUCGAAUUGUCGAGAAGUUCCAAAGCCGAAAAGCAUAGGCUGAAGGAGUCCACUACUAUCUUCGCUUAUCCUUUCAAGCGCAGCCGAAGCCCCAGAGACAGUAAAGAGCCCAGAUCUAGAUCUCAGCCACAGGGUUCUUCAGAGCCCAAGCCUCGUGAGCGCCAUUCUAGUGAUGCUACCACCACUGUAACCGAUGAAUCGGCAGCACCUAAACUACGUCUAUCAGAGGCAUCAGAUGAGCACGACAAUCCUGACGACCGCAGUGAUGGCAACUCGGAAAGAAAGAGUGAAGACGAGCUUUCGAGUGCUCUUAACUCAGCAGAUAAGCCGACUUCACAAGAAUCCGGCGAGUCACGUAGCCUUCGUGCUCCCAGCAAGCCGUUCUACUUUCCUUAUAUUCAAGGCUGCCGUUCAGUGGAAGAGUUCGAAUGCCUGAACCGAAUUGAAGAAGGCACUUACGGUGUGGUGUAUCGUGCACGGGAUAAAAAGAUAAAUGAAAUAGUCGCAUUGAAGCGAUUAAAGAUGGAGAAGGAGCGCGAUGGGUUCCCCAUCACUUCCCUGCGUGAGAUCAACACGUUGAUGAAAGCACAACACGAGAACAUCGUGACCGUCCGCGAAGUUGUCGUUGGUAGCAAUAUGGAUAAAAUUUACCUAGUCAUGGAUCACGUAGAACACGACCUGAAGUCACUUAUGGAGAUAAUGAAUGGCCCGUUCAGUGUUGGAGAGGUCAAAUGUUUGCUUCUGCAACUUCUACGCGCAGUCCGUCACCUUCAUGAUAAUUGGAUUCUUCACCGAGAUUUAAAAACUUCUAAUCUUCUUCUCAGCCACCAGGGUAUACUUAAAGUCGGUGACUUUGGAUUGGCUCGUGAAUACGGGUCUCCGUUGAAACACUACACCGAGGUGGUCGUCACGUUGUGGUAUCGCGCCCCAGAACUGCUAUUGGGUGUCAAGCAGUACACCUGUCCUAUCGACCUGUGGUCUGUGGACUGCAUUUUCGCAGAGUUUUUGUUGCAGCGUCCUUUAUUCCCCGGCAAAGGAGAAGUGGAUGAGCUCAACAUUAUAUUCCGGGAUUCUUCG